GCGCCUCCCGCCGCGCACGGCUCCUUUAAGACGGGGGCGGGGCCCAGGAGGAAAGACAAAGCCCCCGGACGCGCGCGCCCCGCCCCCCUCCCCUCCGGCGCACGGACCGUAGUGCCCGGAUGUCGGUGUCGCCGUCGGUGACAGAUGGCGCAGUGUCCGUAAGGAGGGGAAUUCUCCUGCUUGACCCCUCCGCCGACCCUCUCCCCCUCACUUAGCCCCCAACUCCGUUGGUCACCCACUGCCUCCCACCCUCACUGGCGCCCUCCCUCCCUCCGAAAAUCGAGAGCCGGCGUCCAGCGCUUACAUAACUUGACCUUUCACCUCUUCACACUGCCCUCUAUUGCGCCGCAGCCCAACUACCCGGCAGGAGCCGAGGAGGGGCGGGGCCUUCGAGAGUUGAGCGACGGCCAGCGGGGACCAAUCAGGCGCGAGCGCCGGCUGGCUCUCCGCCUAUUGCGGCCGUCGCCAGAAGCGCCACGGGGGAGCAAGUUAGUGUGAGCGCCGGACGGGCGGGGGGAGGAGGGCAAUCUCCCGCCAUUUUUCAAUAAUUUCCUCCGGGGCCGCCGAGGAGUCGCGGCGAACGCUGGAUUCCGGGGCUUUGGGCCGAGCUCCGCGGGAGGCCGGCAGACGCCAGGGAAGAGCGGCGGCGACGGCGGCGACGGCGGCGGCGUGGGGCAGAGCUCCUCGUUCCCCUCUUGAGGGUCCUUCCCGCAGCGGCCUCCGCGCCGGCGGGACUAGAGCGACGAGAGUCGGGGCUCCCGCCUCCCCCCGCCCCGGAGGGAGGGAGGGAGAGCGAGCGAGCGCGCGCAGGAGAGCGCGCGAGAGCAGCUCGCGCCGGGCCGAGAGCUAGGCCCAGCGUCGCGCGCCGGCCGGGGCUCGCGGAGCAGCCGCCCCCUCCCUCGCCCUGCGCUCCUCUCCCUCCUCCCCUCCCCCCCGGGCCGGCCUCGGUCCCGCUCCGGCUCGGGCCGGACCCGGCUCCUGCCGCCGCGAUGGCGCCGCUGCUGGGCCGCAAGCCCUUCCCGCUGGUGAAGCCGCUGCCCGGAGAGGAGCCGCUCUUCGUCAUCCCGCACACGCAGGAGGCCUUCCGGACCCGGGAAGAGUAUGAGGCCCGCCUGGAAAGAUACAGUGAACGGAUUUGGACGUGUAAGAGCACUGGAAGCAGCCAGCUGACACACAAGGAGGCCUGGGAGGAAGAGCAGGAAGUGGCUGAGCUCUUGAAGGAGGAAUUCCCUGCCUGGUAUGAGAAGCUUGUGCUGGAAAUGGUCCACCACAACACAAUCUCCUUAGAGAAGUUGGUCGAUUCUGCAUGGCUUGAGAUCAUGACCAAGUAUGCUGUGGGUGAGGAGUGUGACUUUGAGGUUGGGAAGGAAAAAAUGCUGAAAGUAAAGAUUGUGAAAAUUCAUCCUUUGGAGAAGGUGGAUGAGGAGACCACUGAGAAGAAAUCUGAUGGUGCCUGUGAUUCUCCAUCAAGUGACAAAGAGAACUCUGGUCAGGUGGCCCAGGAUCAUCAGAAGAAGGAUCCUGUCAUAAAAGAGGAUGAAGGCAGGAAAGAUAGUAUUAGUGACAGGGCACGCAGGUCUCCUAGAAAACUCCCCACCUCACUAAAAAAAGGGGAAAAGAAAUGGGCUCCUCCAAAAUUUCUGCCUCACAAAUAUGAUGUGAAACUCCAAAAUGAAGAGAAGAUCAUCAGUAAUGUCCCAGCAGAUAGCUUGAUUCGCACUGAGCGGCCACCCAAUAAAGAGAUUCUGCGAUACUUUAUCCGCCAUAAUGCUCUCCGUGCCGGCACGGGUGAAAAUGCACCCUGGGUGGUAGAGGAUGAACUGGUGAAGAAGCAUGCCCUGCCGAGCAAGUUCAAUGACUUCCUACUUGAUCCGUACAAGUACAUGACACUCAAUCCUUCGACAAAAAGGAAGAAUAUUACAUCUCCUGAUAGGAAGCCCUCUAAGAAGCUUAAGACGGAGAGCUCUUCAGUGAACCAGGUGCUGAAUCCUACAUUAUGGUGCCAUGUUCACCUAAAGAAAUCUUUGAAUGGCUCUCCCCUAAAAAUGAAGAACUCAAAGAAUCCCAAGUCUCCUGAGGAACAGCUAGAAGAGAUGAUGAAGAUUAUGUCUCCUGGCAAAUUAAAUACCACGUUUCACAUUCCUAAAAAGGGCCCCAUUUCCAAAAAGUUAGGGAAGAAUGGGGACAAACCCUUGAAAACAAAAGGUAGAAGCAAAGGCAUUUUAAAUGGACAGAAAUCUCCAGGAAAGUCUAAAUCCCCCAAAAAGGGCUUGAAAGCACCCAAAACCAAAAUGAAGCAGAUGACCCUGCUGGACAUGGCCAAGGGCACCCAGAAAAUGACUCGGACUCCGCGGAGCUCUGGGGGCACGCCCCGGUCCUCCAGUAAGCCUCAUAAGCACCUCCCUCCUGCUGCUCUCCACCUCAUUGCCUACUACAAGGAAAACAAAGACCGGGAGGAUAAGAAGAGCGCCCUGUCCUGUGUCAUCUCCAAAACGGCCCGCUUGCUGUCCAAUGAGGACCGAGCCCGCCUUCCUGAGGAACUCCGGGUCUUGGUCCAGAAGCGCUACGAGCUUCUGGAGCACAAAAAGAAGUGGGCUUCCAUGUCAGAAGAGCAGCGCAAGGAGUACCUGAAGAAGAAACGGGAGGAGCUGAAGGAGAGGCUGAAGGAAAAAGCCAAGGAGCGCAAGGAGAAGGAGAUGCUGGAGAGACUGGAGAAGCAGAGGCGCUAUGAGGACCAAGAGCUGACGGGCAAGAGCCUGCCCUCCUUUCGGCUGGUAGACACUCCUGAAGGGCUCCCCAACACCCUCUUUGGGGAUGUCGCCAUGGUGGUCGAGUUCUUGAGCUGUUAUUCAGGGCUACUUCUUCCUGAUGCCCAGUACCCCAUCACUGCAGUGUCCCUAAUGGAGGCCCUGAGCGCUGACAAGGGGGGCUUCUUGUACCUGAACAGAGUGCUGGUCAUCCUGCUACAGACUCUGCUUCAAGAUGAGAUUGCUGAGGACUACGGGGAGCUGGGCAUGAAGCUCUCAGAGAUCCCCCUGACCCUGCACUCUGUCUCUGAGCUCGUGCGCCUUUGUUUGCGCAGGACGGAUGUGCCUGAGGAGAGCGAGGGCUCGGACACGGUGGAUGAAAGCAAAGAGACAGCCUCCUUUGAGGACAAUGAGGUCCAGGAUGAGUUUCUGGAGAAGCUUGAAACCUCUGAGUUUUUUGAGCUGACGUCAGAAGAAAAGCUGCAGAUCCUAGCCGCCCUCUGCCACAGGAUCCUCAUGACCUACUCUGUGCAGGACCACAUGGAGGCGAAGCAGCAGAUGUCAGCUGAGCUGUGGAAGGAGCGUCUCGCCGUGCUGAAGGAGGAGAACGACAGGAGACGGGCUGAGAAACAGAAGCGGAAAGAGAUGGAAGCCAAAAACAAAGAAAACGGGAAGGAGGAGAAUGGGGUGGCCAAAUCUGACAGGAAAAAAGAAGUGGUCAAGAUAGAGCCCCCAGUGGAAGUGGAGGCAGAGGACAUGAUCAGCGCCGUGAAGAGCAGGCGGCUGCUGGCCAUCCAGGCCAAGAAGGAGCGAGAGAUCCAGGAGCGCCAGCUGAAAGUAAAAUUAGAGCGAGAAGCGGAAGAGGAAAGAAUCCGGAAGCACAAAGCGGCUGCUGAGAAGACUUUCCAAGAGGGAAUCGCCAAGGCCAAGCUGGUCAUGCGCAGGACUCCCAUUGGCACAGACCGGAACCACAACAGGUACUGGCUGUUUUCAGAUGAAGUUCCUGGAUUAUUCAUUGAGAAAGGCUGGGUCCAUGAUAGUAUAGACUACCGAUACACUCCGCCUCGAAAAGAACGGCCCGACUGCUUGGAUGAGGAUUGCAAUCCCCGAAGUAAGAAAACAGGCCUCGGGAAGAAUGCAGGUGUAUCCUCUCACCCUGGCUGUGUGGCCGAAGGCUCUGUGGAGAGCACUGUGCCCAAGCAAGGACAGAACCUGUGGUUUUUAUGUGAUAGUCAAAAGGAACUGGAUGAGCUACUGAACUGCCUUCAUCCUCAGGGAAUAAGGGAAAGCCAACUGAAGGAGAGAUUGCAGAAAAGGUACCAGGACAUCACCCAUUCUAUCCAUCUGGCCCGGAAGCAGAACCUGGGUCUGAAAUCCUGUGAUGGCAAUCAGGAGCUCCUCAACUUCCUCCGCAGUGACCUCAUUGAGGUGGCGACUCGAUUGCAAAAAGGGGGCCUUGGUUAUGUUGAGGAGACAUCAGAGUUUGAAGCCAGGGUUUUCUCCCUGGAGAAUCUAAAGGAUUUUGGGGAGUGUGUGAUUUCCCUUCAGGCCAGCGUCAUCAAGAAAUUUCUUCAAGGUUUCAUGGCUCCAAAACAAAAGAGAAGGAAACACCAAGAAGAUUCAGUAGCAAAGACUGAGGAAGUAGAUGAAGAAAAGAAAAUGGCGGAAGAAGCGAAGGUUGCUUCGGCCUUGGAAAAAUGGAAGAUAGCGAUCCGAGAGGCCCAGACCUUCUCUAGAAUGCAUGUGCUUCUUGGGAUGCUCGAUGCCUGCAUCAAAUGGGACAUGUCUGCUGAGAAUGCCAGGUGCAAAGUGUGUCGGAAGAAAGGUGAAGAUGACAAGCUGAUCCUAUGUGAUGAGUGCAAUAAAGCCUUCCACCUGUUUUGUCUGAGGCCGGCACUGUAUGAGAUUCCAGAUGGAGAGUGGCAGUGCCCAGCCUGCCAGCCUGCGACCUCCCGACGGAGCUGUAGGGGCAGGAAUUAUACUGAAGAUUCAGAUGAUGAGGAUGAUGGGGAAGAGGGGGAUUCGGAGGAAGAGGAAGAAGAGGAGGAGGAAGAGGAGGAGGAAGACUAUGAAGUGGCUGGAUUGCGACUACGGCCCCGAAAGCCAGCCCGGGGCAAGCAUGGGGGCCUUGUAGUUUCAACGAGGCAGGGCCGGCGUCCGGGCAAGAAGCUCCAUCCUCCCCGAAGACCCCGGCCCAGGGCUUUGCCAGUCGACGAGGCAGAAGUGGACGAGCUGGUGCUUCAGACCAAAAGAGGCUCAAGAAGGCAGACCUUGGAGCUGCAGAAAUGUGAAGAAAUCCUCACCAAGCUCAUCAAGUUCCGCUUCAGCUGGCCUUUCAGGGAGCCGGUGACCACGGAGGAGGCGGAAGAUUACUUUGACGUCAUCAGCCACCCCAUGGACUUCCAGACGAUGAAGAACAAAUGCUCGUGUGGCGCUUACCGCUCGGUACAGGAGUUCCUGUCCGACAUGAAGCAGGUGUUUGCCAACGCGGAGCACUACAACUGCCACGGCAGCCACGUGCUGACCUGCCUGGCGAAGACAGAACAGUGCCUCGUGGCCUUGGUGCACAAGCACCUGCCGGGCCACCCGUACGUCCGCAGGAAGCGCAAGAAGCUCCCGGACCAGCCCCUGGAGGGGGAAGCGGGGGACAGUGACCCCGAGCCGCUGGGACAUUCCAGGGGGCGGAAGAGGAAGAAAUAAAAGGAGGCCGGGGCCGGCGUCCGGGCGGCGGCGGUGGGGAGAAAGCCCCCGGCAGGCUUACCAGGGGUGGUUUGUGGGGAAAGGGGUAGUGUUUCUUCUCCGGGCCCCGUUCCCUAGACCUCAUCGCCAUCGCUGCAGAGAACUGAGCGCCUGCUUCCGAUAUAAUAAAUGUUGUUAGGCAAUGUUGGUACUAGGUUGGCUUCUGUGCCCGGAGUGAUCCUAAGAGGUUUGCAAUGGGGAUGGGAUGGGUGCUCUUGCCGCCAUGUUGAAAUUGUUAGGAAGUCAGUGAAAUGCUGCUGAGUUCCCUGGAAAUUCCACCCUACCCCUUGCUGAGAAUUCUCUCCUCCUUUCCAGCCCCUGGGGGGUUGCCCGAGAGAGCCCACGCCUCCCUCUCACCAGGGGAGGGGUUGCUUUGCCACACAGGACCAAGAGUAACCAGGCCAAUGGGCUGUUGAUUUUAAAAUAUAUAUAUAUACACACAUACAUACAUAUAUAUAUAUAUAUAUAUUUAUAUAUGGUCUUGAUUUUUUUUGGGGAAAAGACUUUCUCCUGCUCCCAGUAAAAAUGGGUACAUCCCCCCCAUUCAGAAGUCAGUUCAUUUUUCACCAGCAUCAUGAGACAAUUUGGCUUUGAGGUGAUCUUGGUGGGUCCGAGGGCACGUUCCCUUCCCUUCCACCCUCCGCCGUCCCCCUUCCCCCCAUCCAAUUGAGGCACUUCGCUAUUAAAAAGACUGGAGGUUCCUGCUCCCUUAGUUGGCUUAUAAUCAUGCAGCCGGUCCUUCCCUUGGAUGAAUCUGGCCAGAGGAGGGACACUGGCACUCAGCCCAUCUCUCGGCCAGACAAGGUUUGGAGGGCAGAACAAAGCAGGAAGAAUUUGAAAGUGUAACUUUUUUAAAAAUUGAUUUUUCUAGUUAUUAAAAGUUGCUUGUUUCAGCAGUGAUAUUGUAUAAAGGACACCUUGUAAAAUAAUUGUCGUCUUGCUUUGGCACAUGUACAGGACAAUUUAUAUGAAAGCUGUGUUUGCUUAAUCCUCGUUUUCCCCCCAGCUCAUUGAAAGCCAGAAGGAUGGGGGGGAGGGGCUAGUGUUGGCUCCUUGACAGCAACGCCACUCCCACCCCCCCCACCCCCACCCCCAGCUCCCUCCUCUUGCCAAGUGUCGAGGCCCCAGAUUCUGACUUGGAGAAUCUUUGAGGGUUUCGGUGGCCCCAGACGGAGAAUCCCUUUCCUUGGUGAGUCCUUAGUUGUUGUAUUUAGGUAAAACUUUGUAGUCCUGAUUCCCUUUUAUGGCCAACUUUGAUAAAAAAAAAAACAAAAAAAAUACAGAACAGGGUUAAAUUUUUUUCUAUCAAGUUCGAAUUUGGAAACUGAGCCAGCCAGCUCUAAUGUACCUAUUUAAAUACACCCACAGAAGCGAUGUAACGCCUAGGAUUUGAGAAUAAAAUCUUUACUACUAAACUGCAAGGUGUGUGUCCCUGUACGUCUUAUCUAGGUGGCAGAGGACGGCUGGGGAGCGCGCCGCCGGUGGCUGAAGCGGCUCCCUCGCUCCCCUCUGCCCCCGUAGGCCCAAUCCUUGUUCCUUAGUGAGCGCCCGAUGUUGCUUCAGUGACGUCCGAAUUGUAUGUUGCCUUUCUUUGUUUUUAAAAAUUGUCAUUCAGGAGGGAAAGGGUCUGCCAAAGACCAAGCUUGUAAUAAAUCGGAAUUUCAAACAAUAAA